AUGCGUUUGGACUCUAUCCUGUCUAUUUUGUUAUCUUGUUACUAUUCGAAAAAAUACGUUAAAUUUCUUACUUGCUUAAAUGCCAACGACAUACUCGUUGAUUUCCAAAAUGACAAGAUAUAUUUUAAACUUUACUAUCCACUCCGCAAUGGGGAAGAACGGAUAAUAACUCUCGCCAGAGUGCUAAGUAUAAUGCGUUUACAUGUUGAAUGCAACUUUAUUUACUAUAUAUUUCAUACUGUAUCUGAACAACUGCAAUGCAUUAUGAGAUCUGUUGUUCGAAGCAAAUUAUUUUAUAAUGAAAAUAGUGACCAAAUGAUUAAUUUAGAGAAAUGGCGCCAAUACUACACAAAUGUAAAAAAAAGCACUGAAUUAUUCAAUGAAAUGUAUGGUAUACAGGUACAUCUAAUACUUUUCUAUUGGUUCAUGUUAAUAUUUUAUCAAAAGAAGCUCAGGGCAGUAAAACGGCUAUUACGAGUAGUUUCAUCGCGACCAAUAAAAGUGAAAACCUUUGGCGGUAUUGACAUCAACAUGACGCUGGUUCCCGCGUGCUUCACGUUCGUCGCCAGCUACACUGUCAUCCUUCUACAGUUCAACAACGUCGUGUAA